UCUUUGGUAGAACUAAUGGAUAGAAGGCUGAGGGAGGCUGCUCAAACAGGGGAUGUUCAUCACUUGCAAAGCUUGAUCAAAGAAGAUCCUCUUUUGCUCAGGGAAGUUUCAUUAGCAGGUAGUGAAACUCCUCUGCAUAUUGCUUGUUCGGGUGGCCAUCUUGAGUUCAUGAAGGAGAUUAUUCAUUUGAGGCCAGAAUUUGCAAGAGAACUAAACCAGGAUGGUUUCAGCCCUUUGCAUAUAGCCACGGCAAAUGGAGAUACAGAGAUUGUGAAGGAGCUGUUGAAUGUUGACAGUAAGCUAUGCCUUGUCAAGGGGAAGGACAGAAGAAUUCCCCUUCACUCUGCAGUAAUCAAAGGCAGAGGACAUGUCAUGAAGGAGCUUCUUGUGGCUUUGCCAGACUCAGCAGAAGAAGUAACUGCUCGUGGCAAGACUUGCCUUCAUUUAGCUGUCAAGAAUCAUCAGUUUGAAGCAUUCAAGUUAUUACUUGACAACCUCAAGGAUGAUCUUUUAAACAAGAAGGAUAUCCAAGGAAACACUGUUUUGCAUCUUGCUGUGUCAACUAAGCAAUACGAGGUUGUUGAUAUGUUGCUGGAUGAGAAUGUUGUAUCUAAGGGCACAAUUGAGGUGAAUUCUUUGAACAAGAAAGGCCUUACACCUUUGGAGGUACUAUUAGAGGAAUCCGGAGAUAGAGAUAUUGAGGAAAUUCUAAGAGCAUCUGGUGCUUUAUCUGCUGAAAACUUGCAAGUUUUGGUUAUUCCAGUUCAAGAUCCAUCAAAUGAACAAUCCAGCAGAGCGCAAAGAAGGGACGAUGGGUCUCGAUCUAAUUCAGAGAAGCUUCUGGAUUUCUUCAAGUAUGAUAAGACCAAAGAUUGUCCAGGAAAAGUAAGAGACACCCUUCUUGUGAUAGCCAUUCUGAUUGCAACAGCAACUUAUCAAGCAGGUUUCAAUCCACCAGGAGGCUUAUGGCAGGACACUUACUCGCCUGAUGACGAUAACAACAGUAGUACUAGUCAUGAUGGCAUAGUAGUGCCCCUGCGGCAUUUCGCAGGACAGUCAGUGAUGGCUACCAGCUAUCCAUUUAGCUAUGGCCUGUUCUUGGUUUUCAACUCCCUCGGAUUUUCCGUAUCCCUCUAUGCGAUAAAUUUCCUUACAAUAGGAUUUCCUUUGCAGUUAGAACUGCAAGUCUCACUUGUUGCCUUGGCGUUAACCUAUAUUACUGUGAUGUUGUGCAUAAUACCUUACUGGGUAACUGGUUUCUUCUUUGUUUUCAUUAUCAUAGGCUUUUUAGUACUGCUUCCCGUCAUUUUAGUGAAGUUGAGAAACUAUUGCAAGAAUCCUAGACUCGUAUUACGAUUUAUAAACUAG